CCGGAAUCGGCCUCGACGACACCAGCAACACGCCAAUAUGGCGCUCAAGGGUCUCUUCGUGGCUGUAUAUGCCUCCAAUGGCCUCAUAAGUACACUAUUCUUGCCAACAUGGUACUCUCUACUACUCAGCCCUUUCACUCUAGCCAUAGCCUAUUACUACGGACUUUUUGAAUUGCUCCAGAGCUUCGUAGGCGAAGACUUCUCUUGGUUCGAUAUCUUGCCACAGUUUGCUCUAUCGGCAGUGUUUCUACUUCUACCAACCAGACUGCUCUCCGGCGCCGGAAACACAAGCAAGAGCAAGGAUGGCGGGAAGAGCAGGAUACAAUCGCUGCCAUACUGGAUUCCCGGAGUUCGACAUCUGGGAAGCAUCGUUUCAGGCGAAGAAGAGUGGUUGAAGGGCGUCAGGGAUUCAUCAGCGCAUAGCAUCAUCUCGUACCAGGCGGCUGGUGCAAAGCAUUUGGUCGUCCUUACAACUUCUCUCCUAGAAGAAUUCCACAAGAAGUGCAGCGGCCUGAAAGAGCAUGAAUACACCAGAUGUGCAGUACUACGAAACACAUUCGGUAUGCCAAAAGCCUUUGAGGGCAGAUACUUUGAGUUGCGUCCGAAGAUUGACGAGGCUGUCCACACCGAGAUCUUCAACUUGAAGUCAAUGGAAGCUCUGGUCUCCGCAUCACGGAAAAUUCUCAAGGACUCUCUGCCGGACCUAAUCACCUUCAAUUCGUCAAUCGUUGACCAAUUGCAAUGGGAGCGAGUGGCCAACAUCGAAUUGACAGAUGGAACCUCGGAGGUGGAGUGCGACUUCUUCACUUUGAUCAAUGACUUCUGCUGUAGCGCGAUACUUGAACCUCUCGCCGGUACACAAUUUCCGGAUUCUUACCAACUGCUCGCAUCUGAUCUAGCGGACAUCAACAGACACUAUUACGCCCUAGCCCUUGGGAUCCCACGAUUGUCGCCGAUUCAAGGCCUCCCGACAGCAGCACUAGCAAGAAAGCGGCUUUUACACCACUUCACUGGGUUAUUUGACGAGCUCACAAACCCAAAGGUGAGGAGGGUACGGGAGGAUGACGAGAGCAUGAGUGGAGAAGAAACGGACGCCGACACCACGACGCCUCUUGCAGCACUGAACGAGCUAUUUUCUGAACACGAUGUACCUAUUUCGGCACGAGCUGCUAUGGCGAUCGAUUUGAUACAUAGUAUCGUUGGAGAGGUCGUCCCACUCCUCUUUUGGACUCUACUCAACGUCUACUCCGCCUCGACUUGGCCGUUAGCACAGAGUGACAAAGACACUCCAUUGGAGAAGAUCAAGGAAGAGACCAAGCCAUGGGCGCAAGCCGUCCAGCCUCCGUCGAUCCAUCCGUUGUUUCCCGCGCCACCAGAAAUUGCAUUUGCUUCUUCCGCUCAAUUUCAAAGCCCGACCGCGUUUCCAUACCUCCUGUCUUGCAUUAACGAAACUCGACGCCUCUAUAACUCCUCGGCUACGAUGCUUCUACUCAACAAGUCCACUGUUCUGGACGAAAAGAGCCUCCGUCCCGGCGUUCAGGAACAGUGGGAGCUCGAUGCUGGCUCCCUCUUCGACAUCGGGUUAUCGAGAAGUCUGAUCAACAGCUCAUCCGCAAAUUUUACUUCGCCUGAUACGUUCAAGCCAGAUCGGUUCACCAGAUCUGCGCCCGGUCCAUCCAUUGACCUUCCAGGUGAUGACUUCAAGGACUACAAGACUGCGCUACUAGUCUCUAUCAUAGCAGGCAUCGUUCAGCUCUGGGAUGUCAGUCCUGCGCCGAAGAAGACAUUCAUCGAGAAGAUGAUCGAAGUGCGUGAUGAAAUACACGCUGGUGGUGCUGCGCUGGAUGGCCAUGGCAAGGUGGUCAAGGGCGACAGCCGUGUGGAUAAAGAUGGGGAAGACAAGAAAGGUGUUUGGGUCCUUCCUCAGGUGAUUGAUGCGGCGAGUGUUAAGGUGCCGAGGAAUGAUGUGAGAGUCAGGAUCAGGAGGAGGGAGAAUCUACCCGCGCCAAAGGUACCGAGGAAGAGGUGAUCGAGUCAUCGUACACAUUAAAGAUGGGGGCUUUCACCACGCGCAUAAUCGACUAUACUCCGGCAUCGCGAAAAGCCUGGAAAUAGCAUAUCCAUCGAAGCAGCACUGCAGGAUACUUGAAGGUCUCCGGAAUUGUAGAAGACCGUAGCGAGAGCAUCUAAUCUACGAUGCAACGAGGGUAGAUGAAGAAACGUCUUACAAGCGUCGCUGUACAAGUGUUGGGUCAAUUGUCACACCUGGAGGUAGUCAGAGUAUUGGCACCACGAAGGUAUUGGUGAGGAUCUCCUUAGGGUUAUCACAGCGCUCUUGUCAAUACGUCACAAACAACUUUACUCCUCAAAGACACCUCGCC